CCGUUACUCUCAAUCUCUCCCUCGUCGCCGACGCCGUUGCUCGCCACAUCUGUCAGCCUCCGUCGCCAUCGCUUUUCUGGUUACUGAAUCCGUCGCUCUUUUGAGUCCCGGAGUUUCCACGGUACCGUCUCCGGGAUAUGGCGGACCGGUCGGGACACGGAGGCUGAAGUUCUGUUGGAAAAACAGUUGGAUGAUGGCAAAGAAAAAGCAAGUUUCAGGAGGUGUAUCAUCCACCAGCCACACGGAUGAUGGGGGUUCGAAGAUGGACUUUAAGUCCAUAAUGAAAGAUAUCGAAUUUUUGGGCUCUACACACAUGACCUGGAAAGAGAAGAAAGAGCUGGAGAACAAGAAGGUUGUCUCUUUGGGCGGAAAGCCUCCCAAGAGGCAGAGGUUACCCCUUAGUGUUGCGAGAGUGUCAAUGAAGAGACAGAAGGAAAGGGAGGAAAAAAUGCUUCAAGAGAAUUUGAUACUCGGACGAUUUUCAAGCAAUCGUGGUAGGGAUGCUAAAAAGACAGAGAGGCGCAGUUCCGAGGACAGAGUGCUGAAGUCAACUGAAGGUCAUUUUAGAAACGGUGUGCUUGACGUGAAACAUUUAUUACGACCUUCCGCGCCUAGAGUCAAUGACAGCAGGCCUGUUGCUGAUAAGAAAAAGAAGAAGAAAAAGGGAGGUAAGAAGACUCGUGGGAAGAGAAAUGGUGGUAGGAAGCACCGGUAGGACAUCUAAAAUUGCUUGUAUAAUUAACGUGUUGCAGUGCUCUAACUGGCCGUGGAUUUUGGUACUUAAAAUCAGUUUGAAUGCAGAUGCUCUGAUAUAUUCCGACUUAUUAGUGAAAUUGGUUUCCUGUGCUUACCUAA